AAAAUGUGUGUGGUUCCAGGCUUGCAAACCAAUCCUCCAGAAAGGAAUCGUUGCCAAAAAGUAAUGGGUUUGCUUCAAAGCCAACCGAAUCUCACUCGUUUCCUAGCCUCCUCAUGCUUAACAUUGCAUCUUUUCUCUCUCUCUUUCAACACUUCACAUCUGUAAUAUAAGACUUCCAAGUUUGGAAACGCAACUCUGGCAAAGCCAAAACACGUUACUAUAGCUAUCAUAGGUACCCUUUUCCCUCUACUUCAAACCAUUCUAAAUAUUAACUUCUACUCUCUUCAUUGCUCUCUCUCUCUCUCUCUCUCACAACAACAUCAUCUUCCUCAUCACCAUGCAAAUGCAAGAGGAACACAUGCAAAUCAUCAAGGGCAAGCGCACAAAGCGUCAGAGGCUUCCAUCCCCACUUAGGUUAACCAUGUCAACAUGUUCCACCGCAGGAAGAAGCAGCACCGACAACUCCGCAGCUUUUGAGCCUCCGACAACCUCAAAUGAAUUAAGGAACGAAGAGGAUGAAGACUUGGCCAAUUGUUUGAUUCUCUUGGCCCGAGGCCAUACCACUCCAAAACCCUCACACGGCAAGGAAUCGGGGCUGUAUGUUUACGAGUGCAAGACUUGUAACCGAUGCUUCCCUUCGUUUCAAGCCCUCGGGGGCCACAGAGCCAGCCACAAGAGAUUUUCCAAGGCUGGUGCAGAAGAAAAGCAAGGACUAGUUACUACUUUUGGGGAUAAUAGUAGUAAAAAUUAUCAUGAUGAUUAUUGUGUCCCCACAAGCACCACCCUCACCUUACAAUUAUCAACGGUUUUGUAUAAUAGUAGCAACAGCACUAGGAGUAGCACUGUUAAUGCUAAAUCUAAGAUUCAUGAGUGUUCUAUAUGCGGGGCAGAGUUCUCAUCUGGGCAAGCCUUGGGAGGGCACAUGAGAAGGCACAGAAAUUUUCUGAGUUCACCUUCGAGUGGAGCAAUUGCAUAUGCUGGUGAUGGAAUCCCCGAAAUUCCAGAAAUCAAGAAACAGAAAGAUGUUUUGAACUUGGACCUGAAUCUUCCGGCACCUGAGGAUGAUCAUCACAGAGAAUCCAACUUGUUUCCUUUUAAGUCCAAAGAAAAAGUCAUUGUCUUCUCUGCAACUUCUUUGGUGGAUUGCCAUUACUAAAAGCUCAACUCUGUCUUCACUGUUAACAUUCAUUAUUGCUUUUUUUUCUUCUUACGUUUAGCCAUGUAACAACCAAUUGUUCAUUCUUUACAUUCAUUCGAUGGUAUGUACACUAUUAAAUUUUAAUUUAUUCUGUUAGUGGGGUUUCGGUAUUGGCAAUUUCUUGAAUUCUUGUGUUUUAAUUAUCGUUCCAUUUUUUGGUUUUUGAUAUAUAGUUCAUAUGAUGGUUCCUUUUUCUAUAUCACAUAUUCCACCGUCAUGCACGUGAGAAAAUUGAGAGAGAGUGGGGGAAAAAUUAAAGCAAAGAAGAAUAAAGCUGCAGGUAUGAAUGGGUGAAAGAUAAGUUGCAUCAAACUGAUAGCAGAAAACGAAAGACCCAAUGGCAAGCAAAGCCAUUGGCUAACUUCCUAACUCAUCAAUAGUAAUUAAUGAAUGAAGUUGUUUCAGGGAACAUAGUUUCUA